UCGGCGAUAAUAUACGUGGGUAUACAUGUGUACGAACGACGUCCCCGAUUGUAAUGCGUAUACAUAGAUUUCAAAAUCGCGGGGUGAUUUUUCAAAACUUUCUAUCGAUAUCGAAUAAAACGCGUAUACGAAAUUGAGCGAGCGGCGGUCCAGCGCUGACUGAGUGGAGACUGGCGUCGCGGCGUCGUUCCCGUGGAGGGGGUUGAAGUCCUCGCGAGUCGCGGCGUUCAUACAACCGGAGCCCGAAGCCGAAGCGAAAACCCGGAGACGAACGGAGGGACGAGAACCCGCGAUGCUUGUCGUCGUCGCGUCGUUUGAGUCGGAGUUCGACUCGGAGUUGGAGUUGCGAGAGAGGAAAAGGAGAUGGAGGUUAAAAGAGAAAAGCGAGAACGAGAAACGAGAAACGAGAACAAGAGGCAUCGGAGAGUGAGCAGAUUGAGUGGUGGAGUGUAGAGUAUGGCAUGGCUUUUGGCUGCUGCCCCUAAGUUCUCUAUACAGAAGAGUCAGAAGAAGGAAGAACUCCAUGAAAAGCUAAGCGUGUUUGAAAGGAGGCGGGGCGGACGAUCCCCUUGCCCCUUGGGGCAAAAGUGACAUGGGAGUACGAGGGGCGAGGAAGGUUGAAACGUGUCUCCCUCCACCGAGACUUUGACGUCGUGCGCCGCGGCGUCACGGGUGAGGUUGGUACUACAGUAAAGUGAGAAAGUAGCUGAGAGUUUCUCGACUGUUUGGAGCAAUUCGGACGAUCAAGAGUGUACCCGAAGAAGAAGAAUCCAUUGGGGUUAAUUUUAUUUUUCGAUUUUUUUUUUUCUCUCUCACCACAAAUGCCACUCCAUCGUCGUCGGAUUGUAAUUUCGAUCGCGUCGAAAUGGACGGCUACGAAGACGAAGACGACACUCAUUUCUGCAUAAAAUGUCACGCGACGAUAUCCGGUUUAGAAAAUUACGUGCGCCACCGACAGGCAGGGUGCUGUCGUCCCGUGGCGAAGAACCUCAAUACCGCCGAAGACACGGCGAACGUUUCGCAGCAGGUUUCGUAUCCCGAAAUACCGAAUGCGGACGCGUUCUUUAAUUCUCUCGAGCUGCAAAGCAGCGCGAAAAAAUCACCGCGUCGAACCGCGAGGACUCGUUUCAACCGGGGACGAAAAAACGAGCAGAGUAACAGACAAGUAGAUGCCAAAAAACGACUGAAACGAUCUCAUCAAACCGACCCGGAAGACGUUGCUCAAAAAAGCAUCGUUCAAGGAAAAUUGAACGUCAUGACGGUGGACGCGGAGCUGGACAAUCCUACCGAUCAUUUGAGUAUUCCGUCAUUGGUCGGGUUUCCAGAUAUCGUCGCGUCUUCCUCCACCGCCACGAAACCGGUGGCGGUUAUUUCCGAAUCUGGUAAAAACUGUGUCAACGUGGCGCCGUUGAUGAUGAAAAUUGAGACACCGAACUACGUAGUGCAGAAAGCGGACCAGUCAGCGCCGCUUGAAAAUCCAUUGGAAACUUUUAUGGAAAGUGAAGAAAGUUCGGUACAGAAAUCGGUAUCAUCUAAACGACGAGAAGUCUGGUUGGGAGACACGAUACUUUCUGACUUGGGAACGACUACCGAAGCCAGUAAGGGAAUGAUCGCCCACACUUCCGGUCUUUUACGAUACGCGGAUUACGAUUAUGCCAAUGACGUUGACUCGGACGACGUCGAAUCGCCGGAUGACGACAUCCCCGACGAAGAUUCUUGCUCCGGAACCGACGAUGCCAACGACCCUGAAUACCCACCUCAAGGACACACCGGUGGUAAAUGGAAACCGGGACUCCAAGACGUGGUUUCUCAGGUCGAAAAUGAACUCGUCGAAUACGAAGGCGAACCUGACGAGGAUUGUAACCCCGAAAGACCGCCGUCUUCGCAUACCGGUGGAAAAUGGAAACCUGCGGAUGCUGCGCACGGGCAGCGAGGGGAUGAUCUGCAGGAGAAGGAGGUCAGGGGACCACCGCCACCUGGCCAUACGAGAGGGAAAUGGGUUCCUGGUGCCAGAAGUGACCAAAAUAACGGUUUUUACUGUAGCCCGUGUGGUCGCAGAUUAGCUUCUAGAUUAGUCUACAAUAGGCAUCUUCUCUCUGACCUCCACGCUAAAAGAAGCAUCAAGGAACUUGACGGAGUCCUACGACUUCCUCGAGGAGGGGAGACGCAGCUCCAACAACCGGUCAAAAAAGGAGUAAGAGGCACACGGCGUCGUAAGGUCUCGACCUGGAAAAUACAGGAGAAUGAAGAGAUCGGUACACCGGAAAAAGGACGUAAUAAAAAAUCGCGCAACCGAGGACGAGAAGUUCUUUGGUGUGAAAUGUGCAGGACUCGGGUACGCCGUCCCCUAAUGGGCAAGCAUCUUCUGUCCCAUUACCACUGUCGAGUAGCUGGCGGUAUCCCGCGAAGUCCCGAAGCUUGUGCUUUCCUGCUUAACAACAUGGCAAACGUUGUCCGCCAGUGUCCUUUUCAGUGUGCAGGCUGCCGAUUUUACUGCAACACCGAAGAUACUUUCCUGAGACACUGGCGAUCCGAACUUCACAUCAAUGUUCACCAAAAAAUCUCGGGGAGCUUUCGGUGUACAGCUUGCAAUUUUUGGUGCGAAUCAAACCCUGAAAUGGAAGUUCACAUAACGAGUUUCAGUCACGGUCAGGCAGUGGCAAUGUUGAACGGUUCCGUGCCGGUUGUCAUAACUCGGCGACGUCACCUUCCUUGCGAAACUUGCGGCCAACAUUUUCGAUACAAUUUUCAAUUGAUGCAACACGUUUCCGAGACCGGUCACACGGCCGAAACCGCAUCCGAUGUUUACCAGUCAAGAAUUAACUGUCCGUACUGCAGUCAAGUUUUCCGAUCACCGAUAGCUCUUCAGAGACACCAAUUGUCAACGCACGUCAAAAAGGACCAAAACUCCGACCUCAAACUCUCUGAAAAAGCGGAGCCCUAUUUCUGCUCCGUCUGUUCGUUGAAUUUUCCCUCACCCGAAGCUGCCGUAACGCAUAGAAAAACUCCUAGGCACAAAGAACUUGUGGCGAUCAGAAAAAACGAAGAGAAGGGAAUACGGAAACAAAGAGAAUGUCCAAACUGUGAUAUUUCGGUGGCAAAUUUAGCGGAUCUCAAGGAACACCGUCUUCACUCACACCCUGAACUCUGCCACAGAUGUCCGCGAUGCGGAAGGACUUUCGCUCUCCCGCAGGAUCUCGCGUUGCACACCAGAAAGGGUGAAUGCAACGCUGAGGUGAAUUCGGGUGUCGAAUUCGAAGGGAUCGAGGUCGGCAAUGAAAGAGAGGAGGUUGUUCCCGGCGAUUGGAGGUGCGAGAGGUGCGUUUACGCGACAAAUUCUCAAGCAGAAUUCAUCCACCACGAGUCUCUGCACUCGGAAACCCUUCAGCAGAAGGGAGACGGGGCCGAAAUUGAACGUCGCAACUUCCGAUGCCCUCUGUGCCACAAGUCGUUCAAGAAGCAAAAUUACGUGCUCAGACAUUUACGUAUUCACACCGGGGAAAAACCGUUCCCUUGCCCGAGCUGCAAGACCCCGUUCGCCAGCAGGGCGAAACUCAACGUGCAUUUGAUCCACUGCCAAUCGGCUUCGCCUUUGUGGGUCGACGAAACUGGGAGACACAGAAACUACGUUUGCCUGGAGUGCGACAACGCUUUUUACACCAAGCACGCGUUACAGCAGCACAUGCUACGUCAUACCGGUAAAAAGUACGUAUGCGGUUUACCGGGAUGUCCAACGGCCCUGAGGACACCGGGAGAGCUCAGGACGCACAGGGAGCGCGUUCACGGUGAUCCUGAAAAUGUGAAAAUUACCCAUCGCUGCGCUGAAUGCCCGUACCAAACGACGUCCGCCGCGCAGUUGAGAAACCAUCAAAAUCAGCGCCACAGCGGAGAACCCGAUGGGACGGCGGAAAAUGUGAUCGGUGCAGCUGCCGAUGAAACUGGAGGUACGACUAGCGUCUCGAGUGUCGGUGGUUUCCGAUGUCCUUAUGCGGAUUGCCACUUCAAGUCCAAGCUGAAAUCGCACCUGAGGAGGCACCUCAGACUCCAUACGGGAUCCCAACCCUACAAGUGCGCCUAUUGCCCCUACGCGAGUAACAACUUUGAGAAUCUUCGGAAGCACAUCCUGUCGACGAGGAUUCAUCCGGGGAAGACGAUAUACGAGUGCACUCACUGCGACACCUUCCGUACUAAUUUUUCGCGAGAGUUGAAAGCUCAUUUUCUUCAGGAUCACGAAGAGAUCUUUCCGAGCGCCGAAUCGGCAGCGCGGCAAGUCUCGGCGAUGUACAAUUCCGAGCCGGAUACGUCGAGCCUCGUUUUACAGAAUGACGACGACGACCAGUCGUCCUUGUCUCGUCGUAUUUCGUUGUCGAAGAGUGAAAAUAUCUAGGGAGGAGUAGGGAUAUCGUUAAUUACAGAGUGACGCUGAACGUGGAAAUUGGAAGGCGUAUCGGUUUCCCUCUUAUUUAUCUCGUAUGAAACGACGACGACGAGGACGAGUGACGCGUGUAUUUUGAGAAAUGGCGAGGCGUAUCCCGCGUAUCGUCAUAAAAUCGGCAGACGUCUGCAUCUCUUUCACUCGCGCCCGGGUAACCGCGGGACAACGAGUUCGAGAAAAAGUAGAUAUUCGUCUUUGGUUUCGGUUUUGUGGCUUCUGCUCGUUCCGCUGCCGUUGGAAUAAUUUAUCGGCUAAUUAAGGAGGAUGUCCUUCAUUACGAGCGCCAAGCUGAGCAGCAGUCACCGCGGCAGUUCGCGCGGUCCGGCAUUAUUUGGCGCCCGAAUAUUUACGACUACGUCCGUCGACCGGGUCGCCCCAUGGCUCGGUUACGGACGCCCGAUGCCGAAUCCCCUGCCCGGUUGACCGUUCCAAACUGUUGCAAGGCCCUGUAAUGAUGUGUCCGCUGUCCGACGAUCGCGGUGUUAUACCGAUUCAGGUCUCGGAGGUGGAAUUUCCCCCCCCUCAACCCCGCCGCAGAAUCCUCGGCGGAACCUUCUUACCUGUCUCUUUCUUCCCCCCCCCCCCGUUAUUCCCCCCCGUUCAACGAGUCGGGGGCGAAAUACAGGCGAAUGGUAAAUCGGUAGAUCGGUAAAGUCUCGACGCCGAAGAGACACACGGUAAACCCGUGGGAAAAGGUGAGACAAAGGUGUCCCCGCCAUUACAUGGAUUGUACCUUGGAUAUGGCGGGUAUACUCAGGUAUUCGCAUACUCGUUUACUCUUUCUAUUUAAAUUUUCUUCUCAGACGCGGGUCCAACGCCUUCGAUAUAAUUCAAGAGGCGAUCGUACGGCAAAUUUUUAUUCCAACUUGACGAAUAAUUCGCGUACGAUGCGGACUGCGCGAAAAUUAUCACUGGCGAUAGGUCGUAGCGGUCGGCCGUAGAGGCGUCAAGGAUAAAUGAUACUUUUUACGAUCGUGAUCGAUGAGUCAAAAUUAAAAUCAGGUUUCAACAUUUCUCAUUUCAAGAGGUUCGCGUGAUGAAAACGAUGAUGGUGUAUAAAACUGCGAAUAAAGAGAAAAAGAAAAAUAAAACAAAAUAAACUACA